ACCGCAGUCUCCUUCCAGCACUAACGAGGGGAUUUUACUCUUUCAUGCGGCCACUGGGACCUCUGGACUAGCCCUAGCCACCGCGUUGUGAUUUUUUGCAAUCUCUGCAGUACGCUACCUUUUAAGGUCAAGAUGUUGUUAAGUAUAAAAAGUAUCUUGUGGAUGUACUCUACAUUAGUUAUAACAUAUAUGCUACCUAAAGUUAAAGCAGAAAAAAAAACCCUGGUAAAGGGAUCCCUCUCCGGAACAUCAGUCCUGCCAUGCUUCUUUUCAACCACACCCACUAUAGCCUCCAGCUAUGCAGCUGAGUAUCUCCGAAUCAAAUGGUCAAAGGUUGAACUGGAUAAAAGUGGAAAAGAUGCAAAAGAAACCACAGUCCUGGUGGCCCAAAAUGGCAACAUCAAAAUAGGUCAAAGCUACAAAGACAGAGUGUCUGUUCCGACCCAUUCAGAGGAGACCGGUGACGCUUCGCUGACUUUCUCUAAGCUGCGUGCAAGUGAUGCAGGGGUGUAUCGCUGUGAUGUUAUGUACGGAGUUGAAGACACACAAGGCAUUGUAUCACUGGCUGUUGAGGGUGUUGUAUUUCACUAUCGUGCAGCGACCAGCAGGUACACUCUGAAUUUUACACAAGCUCAGCAGACUUGUCUGGACAAUGGUGCUGUCAUAGCAAGCCCAGAGCAACUGAAAGCAGCCUAUGAAGAUGGAUUUGAGCAAUGUGAUGCUGGCUGGUUGUCUGACCAGACUGUUAGGUAUCCAAUUAGACAUCCAAGAAUUGGCUGCUUUGGAGAUAAAAUGGGAAAGAAAGGAGUCAGAACAUAUGGGCGCCGUUUUCCUAAUGAAACUUAUGAUGUGUAUUGCUAUGUGGAACACAUGGAAGGUGAAGUUGUUCAUGUCUCAGUCCCUGAGAAGCUCACCUUUGAGGAAGCUAAAGAGCUGUGUCGGAAAAGAGAUGGCGUCCUUGCUUCUGUUGGGAACAUGUAUGUCGCCUGGAGGAAUGGCUUUGACCAGUGUGACUAUGGCUGGCUGGCAGAUGGCAGCGUUCGUUACCCAGCCUCUGUGGCAAGGCCCCAGUGUGGUGGAGGUUUACUUGGGGUGAGAACCCUGUAUCGCUAUGAGAACCAAACAGGCUUUCCUUACCCAGAUAGCAAGUUUGAUGCCUACUGCUAUGAACGUAAAAAAAUCGUAUCAGAGCCUACAACUGUUAAGCUGAUUACGUCUCUGAAAACUGACAGUGUGAAAUUGUCAUCUGCUAAAGUUACUCUUAAACCUCCUGUUCUUGAGACUUCGAUUACUGAAGUGGCCAUCACCAGAACAGAGGCCCCUGCUUUGGAGGAAACAACCCUAAAGACUGAAGAAGAUACAGAAAUGACUACUGAUGUGGCUGAGGAAAAAAGGGAAAUGGAGGUGCUUAUGGAGAACAUUAAGUUAACCACCCUUCUACCUCAGACUGUCACAGAUGGCGAAAUAAGCACUUACGAUACACUGGGGAGGACUGAAUAUGAUGUUUCACCUAGGUUAACAGAGAGCACAUCUGCAGCUUUGGAACUGGAGCACUCUUACUCUGAAGCAGAAUUGCCCGAGGAACAAGGUAGGUCUGAAAGCAUUGAGGACGCUUUCUUGACCUCUAUAAUUUUUCAGGAUAGCACAGCUGUAGCUAAGAGUUCCACUGGUUCAUGGGAAGAUACUGAAACAGGAGAUACACAAAAACAUGAUGCUGAUAAUCAGACUGAACAAAUAGAAGUGGGUCCUGUGAUGACAGCUACAAAUAGCUUGUUACCAACUUCUCGGAGAGAGUUUCCCAGGACAGGGACUUCAGUUUCCCUAACAAAAGAGAAUAUGUAUCUUGGUGCCCACUCAACAAAAGAACCCACAAAAAAGUCAAUGGAGGCGAAAUCUGACAAGAAACUUACAACUGUUGUAAUCCCUAAAGCUUUGUUCACUGAUCAGUAUGAUCUUACCACAGAGGGGGAGGGCAGAGAGAGCAUGUACACCGUUAUCCCUGAUAGAGUUUCUGGCAUAGCUACUGGUAGCAUCGCAGAAUCAGAUCUGCCUGCUGCAUCAGAGACACUCGUGGAUGAGCAUGCAGUAACCACUGGACAGUUUUCUACAGCAGAUGAGUCAACUCCAUUUGUUAAAUUUAGUUCUGCCACAGUGUUUGAUAAUGAGGCAUCAGCUGAAGGAAGCAGAGAGGACCUGAGGGAUGUGCAGCCUACUGUGACAUCUGGAGUACCUGUAUCCUUUUCUGUAUCAACUGUUAAUCAAACAGGAUCUGAGGCCAUCACUCUCGCAGGAAGUACUGUUUCCCCACAAAACUUUGGAGAAGGCACCACAUUGGUUAUCCACUCAUCUCAGCAAAUGGAAGGAUCAGCCAUUUUAGAGGAGCAGGAAAAAACAAAGGAGCCAGAAAUGAGAACAAUGGAUGUUAAGAUCCCUCAUGCCACAACCGUCAUUCCUACUCGUGUUACAGCAGAAUCUGAGGGACGUUCUGCAAGUGAGAAGUUCACACAGGCUCCUCCAGCUUCUGGCAUGUGGCUGCUGACAGAUAAAGAUCAGGGGCAUAUGAUAGAAGAGUCAUCUCAUACUAAGAGAAUAGAUGAGUUAGAUACAGAAGAUGGUACCUCUGGAAUGGAGCCUACAUCAUCUCCAGGGCAAAUUACAGAAUAUACAAAGCAUCCAGGAGCUCCGAUUUCAGCCGUUACAGAUGAAACUGAGACAAGCAUGGAGCCAGUGGAAACAAAAAGUGAUGAAGAAGCUGUGUCAGCUGAUUUUGAUCAGAGUAAAGAUACUACAGGUGUCUCCCACACAAGCAGCUCUUUGGAUUUGGAAAUGGUCACAGUAUCCAAAAUAUCAGUGGAUGAAAGUAGUGCAACAAUAAAGUCUCUUAGCUCCUCCAGUGUCACUGUAUUACCAACUGCUAUGCCCACAGUCAUGGAGGUAACUGAACAUGAGGGAGAUGAAACAUCAGGGUAUGUUUUGAAAACGUCCAUUCCUACCCCAGAAGUGGAACAGAGAGAGGCUACUGAGACAUCGGUAGCAACACCUGCUGAAGAAGUCUCUACUGAAAUGGAGGUCUCAAAAUACAUGGUGACAGAGGAAGGCCAAACAAGCAUUGUGACAUCAGCUGAUGAGGAGUCAGUGGCAACCCUUCAAGACGGAAAAGGAACACCAUCAGCUGGCUUUGGAGGGACAAAGGAAUCGAUUAUAUUUACAGAUGUAACAAAGGUAGAUACUGCAGUUCCACAGAAAGAACAUGAUGCUUCCCUAGUUCCAGUUACUGUAGAGAGUGAGGUCACUAGAGAUAUGCCAGUUACUGAUCAGACUCCUUUUGAUGGUAUCUUUCAUACAGAAGCAACAGAAACAACUGCUAAAGAUAGUGAGGUGUUCCCAGAGGAACUCUCCACAGAAGCUCAAGAUAAGGAACAAGAUACUGCCACAGAGUCUACCUUAUCUGUGACAUCUGUCCAAAUACAUGAACAAAAGACGGCAUCAGGAUCUGAAUCAUCUCAAACAGAUAUUCAGGAAAAACAGGAUGAGACAGGUUCGGCUUAUGAUGAGACAUAUCCAGCAACAGAAGUAUCACUGCCUGCAGUGAAGCUCACAGAUUAUGGAAGCAUCCUGGGACCUGAUGAAGCUAGCACCAGGACGUCGCAUCUCACAGUGACUCCGAAAGCUGAAACUGCUACUGAUCAAGAAGAGAAGGUCACUGAAGUGAUGCCUUUAACAGAGGGUACCCAAGCAAAAACAUAUGAAAGCAGAGGAACCCCUGCCAGGGAAGAAGACAGUGAUGUAGUGAGCUGGGAAUCUGUGCUGGCCCCCCAUACGAUGCCAAGAGGUCAUUCUACUGUGGAAAGCGUUACUCAUCUGACUUUGGGAGCUUCUCCAAGCCAAACUCUGGAAGGUUCUGGAGUAUCAGAAGAACCUGAAGAAAUCAAAACUGCUGUAUUUUCAGCUAGUGCCACAGACAAGGCAACAAUUCUCAGUGAUGUAACAACACCUUCCAUUAGUGCUGUAGACAAAAUUCAGCCUACAUCAGCAUCCAAACCUUCUGUUACUCAAAAGUCACCACUUAUCAUUCCUGAGGAAGAAGAGGAGGUAACAAGCAAUGACAUCAUCAUAAUUGAUGAAUCUAUUUCUCCCAGUAAAGCCACUGCUGAUGAUGAUCUGACAGGAAAGGUGUUAGAACCAGAAAUCGAUAAGGAAUAUUUCACAGCAUCGACUGCUACUGCAGUUGCACGACCUACUGCACCACCCAAAGUGAAGGAGGCCACAGAGGCUUUACAACCUCAAGAGGUGUCUCCUUCUACUUCACAACCUGAUAGUGGAAAUGACAUAAGAUUGUAUGUUAUUCAAAUCACAGGCAAUGAUACAGAUCAUCCGGUGAAUGAAUUUUUGGAUCUGUUCAAUCGCCACAUGCUUCCUCAUGCAAUAGAUGAACCCCACAUUGAUGCAGAAUCAACUCAGACUGAACCCUGUACUUCAGACUCAGUGCAGGAUUCAUCUGAAUAUAUAAUAUUGGAUCCUUUCUUUCCAAACUUUAUAGAGUUUGAAGAAGAGGAAGACUGUGAAAAUACUACUGAUGUUACAACUCCUCCAGCUUUGCAGUUCAUCAAUGGAAAGCAACAAGUUACUAGUGCGCCUAAGAGCACAAAAGCUGAAGAAGCGAGAAGUGACCAAAUUGAAAGUGUUGCACAUUCCAAAAAUGUAACCUUUUCUCAAAUUAAUGAAACAAACACGUUUAUAAUACCUGAAACUGAAGCUUCUGGUACUAUGCAACCAAGCAAAGCUGGAGAAGUAAUAGGGGCGUUUGAAGUUACACAACCGACAGCAGAUGUUGCAAUGUUAGAACCUGUUUAUAGUGGUGAGUCAGAAGUUGCCACAACAGAAAAAUCAGUAGCCACUACUUCUUCACAUGAACAGUCUCUGCAAAAGAAUAGAGAGACCGUAACACAGCAUGGAACUGAGGAGACCUCUACUAAAGAUACAAAAAACUUGCUCUUGAUUACUAAUGAAUCUUCUGGAGAUGGCUCCACUGAAUCUGAUUUAUCCAGUUCUGUCUUCUCAGAAAUUGUGACAAUGUCAAGAAGGGAAGAUGACAAAAAAAAUUCUGGUAUAACUCCUGCUCCUGAUACAUUUACUGUGGAAAGUUCUGCUGUAACUGCUUCUCUGGAUGCAGUUUUUAAUACUGCUACGGUAGGCAUAGGCGUGAAAGACCUUAUUGCAGAAGAAGCAACCCCUGCUCCAGGAGAUCAUGAUAAAUCAACCAUUAAAAUUAAUGCAAAUGCCCCUGCAGAAAAUCUGGAAACAAAUAGUCAUACAGCAAAGCCUGAGAUGAGUGCUGCUUUUAUAGUUCUAGAAGGCUCUGGAGAUGUAGAAGAAGACAUUGCUGUAACUUCAGCCAUGACAACAGAAACAGCAGUAACAGAAACACAGUCAACGCAAGAUAUUUCUGUGGGCUCCAGCACAGUACUGCCAACAGAAAAUUCUGUAGCCAUUUCAGGAAUCACCUCUGUUUUACCCAAAGGAAUAGGCACUCUUUAUUCUGCUCUUGAUCAAAGUUCUGAAGCUACUGUUGCCACCAAUUCUGUGUUUAUUACGGAAAAAGUAGUUGCCAGCUCUUUUGUAACUGAAAGGAAUAUUGAAGGUGAAAAAGAAGUACAGACCACUGUUUAUUCAAGUCAGGAAAAUUCAGCUACUUCUGCAGAGGGAAAUUCAGAGUUUAAUGAACUUGGGAGCACUACUAGUGAAGUCAGAACUGUAAGUCAAGAGCCCACCUGGCUCAGGAAAACAGUACCAGUGACAGGUACCAUAAGCGCUGAAAUCAAAAAGGUCACCACUGUUCCUCUUGUGAGAGAGAAGAAGCUUUUUAUAAAUGAAGGCUCAGCAGAAGAACCAGUAGACUUAUUUUCAGGGGGUCCCACAAGAAAAGUGGUAAGUACUGACUCCCCAUUUAUUGAUCCAGGUUCUGGAGAUGUAGAUGUUAUCAUUGAGUCUGCUACUUUGACUUCAGUUCCAUUAAGGCCUGUCACUGAAACUCAAACAGAAAAGCAUGAAGGGAAAGUUUACAGCAUAGAUGAUGUUUCACUGAAGAAUGCAACAACAGAAUAUGAAGCACAUGCAAGAACAGAUGAAUCAGCUAUAUCAGUUACAAGUACUGGGUCAGAUGGCUUGACUAAGGAGACUGGAGUAGCAAGUCAGAUGUCCCAGGAUAUGUUUAGUACAAGGAACCCAGGAGAACAAAACCAGGAAACAGAACCAACUUACACAGCUCCUUAUGAAUUAAAAUCUAGUCCUGGUUCUAGAAAAGAGGUAAUAAGUCAUGUUGCACCAGGAGUUAAAACUCAAGAUUUAGAAACAGGUGAGGUCACAUCAUCUCCAGAAUCAGUAGUUAGUAACAACCCUCAUGACAUCAUGGUGACACAUGGUACUGGCAGUAUAAAAGGAGUAGCUGAAUCUACAGAAAGCAAAAAUGCAAAAGUUAGUUCUUCAACUGUCUCAUUAGGCAAGAUUCUCCUGAUUGAGCAUGGAUCUGGAGAAGAAUUCAAAGGUGACAGCAGCACCACAAAAACAAUGUCUAAUGGACCUACUGAAGAAAUACUUGGAAGUCUUUUCUCAUUUAUUGAUCAGGGAUCUGGAGAAGCAGACACAUUCAUUGAAUCAUUUGCAAAACCAGUAGUUUCACCCACUGGGAGACCAGAAACACAAGAGAAGUAUGACAAAAAAAUUGUCAGCACACCAUCUAUGGAUCAUGCCUUCACUGACGUACCUGAUGAGCUAGUCACAAGUACUGAACAUGAAGUUGUGGCAAUGGGAACUGUAACUGGCAUAAGAAUGGAAGAGAAGACGAUUGAUGAAUUAACAGUGAGAACUUUUACUACGACUAUUCCUUCGGUGGAAGAUACACAUUCUGGGGAAGACCAGCCAAGGGAAGUUUCACCAAAAGUUAUAGAAUCUUCUGAAGAAGCAACAACAGACCCACUCUUUAAACUUACACAGGCUAACCAGGAACAUCUGGGAUUUUUAAAUGUUCCGACUGUCAGUCCAUAUUCAGAAGAAAAGGAAUUCGAAACAGAAUCUGUUAAAAAACCACUUUUGCCAUUUAAUGAUGAUGGAAUAACUGAGCCUGUGAAUAUUGAAAGGAAAUACAUAAGCUCUCCAGUUACAGAUACAGAGCAAGAGGAGGAGUUGGAAAAAAAUAUUUUACCUACAAAAGAUAUCCCCAGAUUAUUCUUGACACCUGAAGAAGAAAAGCUAACAACCAGUGAGCUCACCAGUGAUCCAUUAUUUUCAGGACAAGGAUCAGGAGAUGACCUUGCUGUUAUUCCUUCUGUAGUGCCAUUGGCUGUCAAAGAAAUCAUGAGUACUUCAAGUCCUCAAACUUCUCAUUCUGCAAAUAUGAAACCUGAACUUUCAACUGACAAGACACAAGACUUUGAAAGAGGAAGCACAGAAUCAAAUGCUGAAAUUAAGGAAGUUACAAGUGCUGUAAAUGAGCGGCUGUCAGAAACAGAAGACCAAUUCCCCAGCUCAGUAAUCACAAGUUCCCCAGCUUUAGCAGAAGAGAGUUCCAAGAGCUUCAGCUCUAAAGAGAUUAAAGAGAUGACGCAUUAUUUUGUUGCAGUUGAAGAACUUGAAAAUAAGGAAUCUGACUAUACGAGAGGAGAAAAUGAAACAGAUAGGACAACAGCUACUUCUGAAGUGGUUUCUCAAGAGGAAACUUCACAUUUGCUGAUUAAAGAUGGUGUGACUCCUGUUUCUGUAAUACUGAGUGGAACUCCUAAUCUUGAAACAGAAGAAUCGCUUGUAACAUCAGCAACAAAAAUGCCAGGCAGACUAUUACCUGAAAGCUCUGGAGAGGGAUCUGGCUGGGUUGGUGUUUUGGAUUCGUCUUCUCCUGAUAUGUUUACUCAUUUGUCAAUACCCCCUGUGUCAACUGUAGAGCUAAAUGCUUCAUCUAGUGUUCCUGGGGAAGUUUAUUCUGAGGUUAUGACAACAGAGGCACCGAUAGGUGGAUCACACACUGUGAUCACAGGACUAGCAUCCCUUUUUACAGAAGAAAAAGAGAUCAUGGCAAAUCCAUCUGCUGCUCAACCUAAGACAGCUACAUCAGAAGAACUAACAAGUGAUACUGGGAUAUAUGAGAAAAUUAUUCCCAUGAUUGAUGAUAAAAGAAGUGUUAUAUUGAAUGUUUCUGUUUAUGGUGAUAUUACACUAAUUGAAGAACGACUUCAAAUCCCAUCAGAAGAAACAACUAUUAUAGACAUGGAUCACUCAAAAUCAAUGCCUGAAGAUAUAAUUAGUGUGCACACAAUGCCAAAUCCUGUCAAACAAUCAACAUAUGGCAGUGAUGAUAGCAUGACAGCUGAAGGGGAGAAAUAUGAGUCAACACCUAAAUUUUCCAUAACAAAAGAGAAAACACUUGGAUCUGGUGAUAGUGUCUCCUUGACUACUUCUAGUCAGCCAAGUAGUGAAUCAGUAACAGCUGGGCACAGACCAAAAUCAGACGACAAGGAUUUGGGUUCAGGGAAUGCCAUGAAGUUUACAACAGAAACUCUCAUCACUACUGAACUCUCUGAACUGGGCAUUUUCCUUCCUACAGUACCAUCACUGGCAAGCCCUUAUGUACCUCAUGAGUCUAAACAUGUUGUAACAAGCACAACAGAAGACACCUAUGAGCUCAGUACUUCAGCAACCAACCAAGUAAUAGCAGAUCAAAGUGAAACAAUCUCUGUCUCUGGGUUUUCUGGAAUGGGCCAAGAAGAACUGGAUGAUAAGCAGCCUGUGGUUCCUUCUCGUACCCCAUUUUUAACUACUGAGACUGAAAAGGCUUUUACAACUGACAUGCUUGAUGUAAAUAUUGUCACAACACAGCAUACAUCCCAACUGAUGACGGUAUCGUCUAGCAAGAAUGAAGAAAAACAUCCUACAGUAUAUACAAACACAAAAUCGGCAUCAGCAGAGUAUGAAGAAACAGAUUCAGUGAGCCUUUAUUCUGUACCUGAAACUCCUAAAUCCUCAGUAACUGUUCAGUUAGUUAAUGGAGUAUCUGAGUAUCCUGAGGUAAUCAUUCCAAGUACAUCAUCAUCAAAGGAUUCAGAUCAGCCUGAUCGUUCAUCAGAAGGAACCUUCAAAGAGGUUAGUUCGGAUAUUGCAGCAACAUAUAAACCACCCACUACAGAACUUCUUGACAGAACAGAAUCUUCUCUGCUGGAGUUUUCUCCCAAGCCUGUUUCAGAAAGCACAACUACUGAAAGUACUCCUCACUUUAAUAGAGUUGUAACAGACAGGACAGAGGAGACAGAAACCUCUGUAACUGAUUUGGCUGUUGAGGAAGAAGCUACUCUUUCUGGAGAUUCUCCAUCAACACAUGUCUUGCCUACUGCUUUUCUGAAUUUUGGAGAAAGAGCAAGCACAGAUGUUCCGAAAGUUAGCACAAUAAAAUUUGAAGCUUCCUCAGGGAGAGUAAACAACCCCCGUCAAGAAGAUGACAGCAGUACCAAGAGAGAGAUCCCAUGGCUUUUUUCCACACCCGUUUCAGAUUCACCCAGUAGUAUUGAAAGGGAGAUAUUUAAACCUGACCAGGAAGCAGUUACAAUGCUAGCUUCAUCUUCACAACCUUUGGAUAGAAGCACGGAAACACAAUCAGCUUUGUUUGAUCAAGGGGAGAUCACGACUAUUUCUUCUAACAUUGCAACAAACAGCAUUGCCCCUGGAAACAGCCCAUAUCAAAAUGAGCAGUCAACGAUAAGCUCUGAGGAGACAAAUACUAUUGAACUUGUAACCUCGUCAUUUUCCCUUCCGGAAGUCACUAAUGGAUCAGAUUUCCUGAUUGGCACCAGUGUGGGUUCAGUUGAAGGCACAGCAGUGCAAAUUCCAGGCCAAGAUCCAUGCAAAAGCAAUCCAUGUCUUAAUGGUGGUACCUGCUAUCCGCGUGGUUCAUUUUACAUCUGUACAUGUCUGCCAGGUUUCAACGGCGAGCAGUGUGAAUUAGAUAUCGAUGAAUGCCAGUCUAACCCAUGCCGGAAUGGAGCCACGUGUAUAGAUGGCCUCAAUACCUUUACUUGCUUGUGUCUGCCAAGCUAUAUAGGUGCUCUCUGUGAACAAGACACGGAGACCUGUGAUUAUGGCUGGCACAAGUUCCAAGGACAGUGCUACAAAUACUUUGCCCAUCGGCGUACGUGGGACACGGCUGAAAGGGAAUGCCGUCUCCAGGGAGCACACUUGACAAGCAUCUUGUCUCAUGAGGAGCAGAUCUUUGUGAACCGUAUUGGGCAUGACUACCAGUGGAUUGGCCUCAAUGACAAGAUGUUUGAGCGUGAUUUCCGCUGGACUGAUGGUAGCCCACUGCAAUAUGAGAACUGGCGACCCAACCAGCCAGAUAGCUUCUUUUCUGCUGGAGAAGACUGUGUUGUUAUAAUAUGGCAUGAGAAUGGGCAGUGGAAUGAUGUACCAUGCAAUUAUCACCUUACCUAUACCUGCAAGAAAGGAACAGUUGCUUGUGGUCAGCCUCCUGUUGUGGAAAACGCAAAGACCUUUGGGAAGAUGAAACCUCGUUAUGAGAUCAACUCCCUUAUUAGAUAUCACUGCAAAGAUGGUUUCAUCCAGCGUCAUAUUCCAACCAUCCGGUGUCAAGGGAACGGAAGAUGGGAUAUGCCUAAAAUUACUUGCAUGAAUCCGUCCACAUACCAAAGGACUUACUCUAAGAAAUACUACUAUAAACAUUCUUCAUCAGGAAAGGGAGCACCGUUAAAUUCAUCAAAACACUAUCACCACUGGAUCAGGACGUGGCAGGACUCAAGGCGCUGAGAGCUAAAUGGUGAAUGGGGAUUUCCACCAUUUCAGCCAAAGUCAUAACUUUCUGUGCCUUUUCUAUCACUUAUAGGAGUAUUAUCAAAUUGUUUUGAAACUAUGGACUGCGGUAUUCACAAUGCAUUUUGCAAAAAUACGGUGUUUAUCAGAAAAUUUAAAAAAAAAAAAAAAAAGGAGAAAUGCUUAUGGGGAUAAAAGGAAACCAUUUCCAGCCUAUAAAGAUUAUUAGUUUUCUAUAUGCCAUCGGUGUGGACCAUUUUAUGAUAUAUACCAGCCUUCUGCAAUAUUUAAACAGCUCGAUUUUAGCACCAAUGAAAAUGUAAAUAAGAUGAUUUUAAUGUUGUUUAAUUGUGUGUUGUUUUUAAAAUCCUGUAUAUAAAAUGAAAAGUCACACUAAUUUCAGGCAUAUUUAUGGUUAGAACGGCCUCAGAGGUCUUCGGUCAUUUAUGACGUUGUUUUUGUGUUGUUUACCUAGGCUGGAAAUGGUUGAAAUAAAUAACUUCACUGACUGAAAUUUGCUAUUAUCAGGUGAAGAUAAAC